AUGGCUUUGGACCUUGGGCUCACGACAUCCCCGAUUUCAAUGGACGUGAGCUCCAAGAAGGCUCCGGCCUUCAUCUUCGCGAACGCCUUGGAACACCUGGAAUGGGCUCCCGUGGGUGCUUUGCGCUCGCUGAGGGCAAACAAGUCCGUUAAGCAGGCCUGUGUGCCGUGGAUGCGUCCCGUUGCGGGAAGGGAAGGAGACCGGAUCCUGGACUGCUUGUUCUCGAUGCCGGGGGUUCCCGGCGACUUUCGCCUCUUUAGCCUAUUUCAAUGGAACCGGCGAAAUUUUUUGAAAGCAUACCAUUCGAAUCUGCUUCGUGAAAAGGUCUAUGAAAACUCACGAGUGGAGCACUAUGGCUCCCUCCCCAGUGCUUUAGAAGCUUGGCAGCAAAGAGCCGGUGACUUCAGUCUUCAGUUCUUCAGCAGUAGGACUCUAUGGAAACGUAUGAAGUUUUGUGGAGUCCCGGCACUGGAGAUCGGCAUGCCUGACCUGGUGUGUCAAGCUCUCGGUGUAUUGGAAUGGCAUCAGGUACAAAAGAAGCGUUGUGAGUUCUCCGACUUGGAUCCGGCAGCAGACCAGACCCCGCAGACAAAGGGUGGUGAUCUGGUAAAGACGUCAGUCUUGGAGGCCUUUGCCUGCAGAGUUCAGGCGCAGCGGCACCGACUGUACCGAUUGCUCACGGGCGCAAUUCGUCACCGUCGUCAGGCAAGGUCCAAGUUCCACGUCUCACAGAGGACCAGGAUCCGAGUGCCGAACUUGGUUGCAGAUUUGAGGUGUUUCUCGGCUGGGGAUCGAGAGUUGAUUCAGAUCACGAACGAGCCUUCCUUUGUUGAGUCCAGCUUUGCUUCUGCCAAGGAGCGGAUGCGCAACAGCAACGCAAUCGCCAACAACGUGAAUGUAACACGUAGUCAAGAGUUUGAUACAGGAGAACACAGCGGCGAUGUAGGAGACGGCUGCCUUUCGCAGGUCCUGGAAGCCCCCGAAGAGCUUGUGGAGCUCCGUGCAUCGGGGACAGCGGUGGGGGCCGUGCGGUCAGAGUUCCUCGAACCGGAACUGCCGAAAGCCUCAGAGGUAUCGCUUGUUCAAGAAAGGUCAGAAGGAGUGGCAGAUCCCAUUGGUCUGCUGCAACAGCACGUGGCAAAGCAUCUCAGUCGCUCCGUCGUGACGGGAGACAUCACCUAUGCCUUCGAAAGACUGGCGUGUGGGAGAUUUGUGGCCACGGUCAGUUUCGGAGACGAUGAGCUUCAGCCCUGCACGGGCUUUCCGGAAGCAAGAAAGGCAAGUGCGAAGAAGUCAGCCGCCGGGCAGGCGCUGGCACAGCUUUUUGAGGCAGCCAACUGGGCCUGGAAGUCCAACAAGUCCAACCAUUUCCAGGCUAACCACAGGGUAGUGGAGCGGCCAGUGGAGCGGCCAGUGGAGCAGCGGCCAGUAGAGCGAUCGAGGGAAAACAAAGGCGCGAUGAAGCCCGACCUGAAGAUGCAGGCGGCAGAGCCCAAGAAGAAGCAUAACAAGCAGUGGCAAGGUCAGUUUUUCCAUAGCUGGCUCGACGCCAGGCACGAGGAGCUGGACGACCACACGCAGAAUGAAUGCACAGUGCUGCAGAGCCAGGCGACGCUUCAGGGCGGUGCUUCUACGACGGACAAUCCGAUAGGCAAAGUCAAUGAAAUCGUCGCAGCCGUCCUUCGACGGCCGCUGUCGAAGGAUGAUGUACGGUACACUUUUGCAGAGCGCGACUCGGUCUUCACCAGUGCAGUUGCAAUCGCUGUGGAUGGUCUCCUCUUGGAAGCAUCCGGCGAGCCAGCCAUGACGAAACGGCAGGCGAAGUCCAACGCUGCUCGUGCAUUGCUGGUGUCGAAGGAAUUGGAGGCAUUCGUUGCUGAAGUCUCACAAGGAGCUUCUGAUACUGCAAGGAUGGCCAGCUCUGACCGUGUACAACCUCAGCCAUGGUCGGAGGAUGUUUUGCAGAAGCUUCUGCGCAACCUCCUUCAGAGGAAUCCCAGGAAAGAUGACAUCAUCUAUGCCUUUGAGGAGUCGGAGGAGGGCACCGUCUGCUCCGUGCGCGUCCCCAUUCUCGAGCGCUUGCCGGCCUGCAAAGGAAAGCCAGCCCCGUCCAGGAAGAAGGCGAAACAGUACGCUGCAGACGAACUGGUAAGCUGCAUCUUAAAAACUUGA